AUGGAGCGAGGGUGAAGGAGGAAAAGACACAGAAAAGGAGUUACUCUACUACACUAUAAUGAGAGAGGGAGAGAGAGAGGGGGUUGUGACAUUUCUGAUCCUCAUUUUGUAAUUGAAUAAUAAUCUCUCUUGAGAACAUACUUAGUAUUGUGUGUGUGUGUGUGUGUGUGUGCGUGCGUGCGUUCGUGCGUGCAUUGCAUGUGUGUGCACUUGUGUGCGAUGGCGCGUGUGUGUGUGAGCGUUUGCUCAUUUUGUGUGUGUGUGUGUGUCAGAGGAGAGAGAGAUUGUAAGAAGGAGAAAAGAGAGAGAAACCCCUAGGGCUGAAUGCAUCCCAAUACUGCCACCUACUGUUACAUAGUAGUCAAUACAGCUCCAGUUGUUGCAGAUUUCCCAUGCCAUUUAUCCUGACACAGAUUCCCACCCACAGCUAAGGAUUACUCACAUCUCAUCAAUUGUCCUCUCUAUCCCUUCAGGAUAGGUGUAAUGAGUUUGUAUAAUAAUACUUUGUACAAUUACGAUAAUUAAUAUACAUAGUAUGAUAAACAGCCAUCCUACUGGGCACAGAGGUCAGUUCAACGUCUAGUUUUGAUUUACAUUUGGUUGAGGUGUCAACUAACGUGAAUUCAACGUAAAAUCAGCAAAAUUCACUAGGCCAUUGGAUUUAGGUUAAAAGUUGGGUGAAAAAAAUAAGAAAUUCCCUUAUGUUGAUGAUUUUUUGCUUAUCCAAUCAGUUGUCCACGUUGAUUCAACGUCAUCAAAUUUUUUGAUUGAAAUGAUGUGGAAACAGUGUUGAUUCAACCAGUUUUUGCCCAGUGGGAUGUCAAGCCCUGUCAUGGGGGCAGGAUGUUAAAUCAUGUCACAUCAUCUUCUCUACAGGAACACAAGCAUUUCACUACACCCGCAAUAACAUCUGCUAAACAUGUGUAUGCAACCAAUAUUUUGUAUUUUUAUUUGAUUGACAGUGAUGACUGUGUACACACAUGCAUGCACGCACACACACACACACACACACACACACACUUCACAUGUCCCAACCCAAGACUGAUCUUCUGUACUUCUGGUACACUGUGUUCGGUCGCCAUUGGCACAUGGGACCUAGCCCCUUCACAUCAGUGUAUCCAUCCUCCCUGUGGUAGAAGAGCCAUAUCGCCAAUGACAUGAUCUCCUUCCGCCUCACUUAUCAAGACUAUGCAAUGCUCAUGAGAAUGGCAGGAGGCUUGAAGGUGUGCACUGUAAAAAUAAAAAAACUCAAAACACCAUGAUUGAGUAAUUAAACCAUGAAAAGUAGUGCACCUAACCUGAGAUCUGGUGUUUGGAGGGUGAUUGAAUGUAAACCCAAUGUAAGUGAUGAUACACAUAAAGAAAACAGAAUAGAAGUACUUUGAAACACCCAAAGUGGUUCUUCAAUCUGAAUAUUGGUGUUUUUAAGAGUGUUGUGAAAACACUUUUUGGGGUUUCAGUGCAUGUAAAAAGCAGCAUCAUGGCACUUUCUAUUUUUUUAUUUUUUUUGCCGACUGUGUCUCUCAUAAAACAAAAUAGUCAAGAAAUUCUAAUGUUUUAUAACCUAAAUAUUGAUUGAUGAUAAGGGCCUAUGGAGAAUAUUUUUUUGUGGAAUUCCACCUUUUUCAAUGCUUUAUUUAGACAGAUUAGAAACAGGAGGAGACAUAGGAGUGAAAUUGGGAUAGAUGGAAGCGGGAAUUGAACCCCUGACUUCUGGGGAAGUAAGAUGGUAGAUUUACACAUAAAUGGACCUCUGUAGCUCAAUUGGUAGAGCAUGGCGCUUGUAACGCCAGGGUAGUGGGUUCGAUCCCUGGGACCACCCAUACGUAAAAAUGUAUGCACACAUGACUGUAAGUCGCUUUGGAUAAAAGCGUCUGCUAAAUGGCAUAUUAUAUUAUUUAAUUGGAAUUUCAUUGGAAUUUUAAACACUCAACCAUACAGCCACACUGUAAAAAAAAAUCUAGGGUGAAUUGAAAUGGACAAAAAACAACAACAACCAACAUACAGUAUACUUUGUAUACUGAUUUGUUAAUUUCAUUUUACACAAAAAUGUAAGAGUAAAUCCAGCUUAAUAUGUUGCUCAAAAUGUAAGUAUCGUUUAUGAGGAUAACCAAAUAUAGAGAACAUUUUGUGAUUGAACUCAUUGGAAGUCUGGUUUUAAUCUCCUUGCACUUCCUAUCUUGUCACAUGGCUCUUGCCAACAUUUUUUGACUUUAGGAUUCUUAUACACAAUGUUGUAUGUUCGAAGAAAGAAAAGUAACUUCUAUAUUAGUAUUAAUCAGCUUGUUGUGCCAUGAGGUGUAAUGGAUGAACGGAUAUCAAAACCGUCAGGCAAAAUGACGUUCAAUGAUGAUGAGACGACCCAUUCCCUCAUUUCCAACUUUUAAUAGUAGAGGCAAAUACAGUAUCCUGCAAUGCUUGCUGUAAAAUCUGUAGUUAAUGCUGGAGGAUUGAGCACUGUGCUCAACAAUGCCUGCCAAAAUGGGUUAAACUGGCAAAUCAGAUAUAUAAAUCAAUGUUAAAUAUUAAAAUAGUCAAGAAGAAGUGAUCUAAUUCUGCACUAUACAGGAUUUGAAACACCAUAAUAAUGUUUAGAAGCUAUAGAGAGAGGAAUAGAGACCAAAAGAGAAGGGAUCUAUUUCUGCACUAAAUAGAACUCGAAAUACCAAAAUAGUGUUUUCAACCAUUACCGGUAGUGCUCCCAGUCUCUGGCAAGGUGUUGCACAACACUUAGUUAAGUGGUGUUACAACACACCAUGUAAUGAUUCAAAACAUCUCAGGGUGAUGUGUUUCAAUACUCCAGCAAAGUUAAGGUUUCUUCUCCUUCGUGGUGGUGGCAGUUGCCACUAGUUUUGUUGUUAAAAGCACUUCAUUCUAACAGGGUGAGUUGUAUAGUAUGCUGUUACUCAUCCAUGUAUUUAUUCUCUCUCAUCUCUCUCCCUCUCCAUCUCUCUCCUAUUUUUCUGACUUUAUUUAUUCUUCCUCUCUCUCCAACUAUCUCUCCUUCCCCACUCUCUCCUCUCCCCUCUCUCUCGCUCUCUCUCCCCCUUCUCUCUCUCUCUCUCUCCCUUCCCCCCUCCCUCUCUCUCUCCCUCUCUCCGUCCCCCCCCCUCUCUCCAGUCUACGGAGGGAGGGCUACACGGUGCAGGUGGCAGUGAACGACUACCUGGACAUCUACUGCCCGCAUUACAACACUACCGCCACCAGCCAGCGGGGGACGCUGGAGCGCACCGUGGCCGAACAGUACGUCCUCUACAUGGUCAGCUACCGCGGCUACCGCACCUGCGACCCCCAGAUGGGCUUCAAGCGCUGGGAGUGCAACCGGCCGCAUGCGCCCCAGGCGCCCAUCAAGUUCUCUGAGAAGUUCCAGCGCUACAGCGCCUUCUCCCUGGGCUACGAGUUCAACGUGGGCCACGAGUACUACUACAUAUGUGAGUGGAAUAUUGCUAAGUCUCUAUAGGAGUACAAUAAUUAUGUAAUGAUGAUUGUACUACUACAUCUGGAACUGGUGGAGCUGAGGUACUCUUUCUCUAUAUGGUGUUAUAGUCGAGUAAUGACAAUGGAUUGCAUAGGCUAUCUAUAUAGCGCUUUCCCAAGUGUACCAAGUGCAGGUACUUUAUAUUGUAAGUGGGAACUCACUUCAGCCAUUACCAAUAUGUAACAACCACACACAUACCUUAGUAAGUUAGAGUUGGACUAUUACAGCAUUCAAGUUGUGAGUCAUUCAACAUGAGUUAAUUUAACUCUUACACCACAGUCCUAAAUAUACUUCCUUCCUUGUGAAUAAACCUACCACUAAUAGCUGUGUUAAACUGCUGUAAUAAACUAUAAUUACCAUUUCACGUAGGCCGCAUCCCAAAUGGCACCCUAUUCCCUACAUAGUGCACUACUUUUGACCAGAGCUAUAUAGGCUCUGGUCAAAAGUAGUGCACUAUGUAGGGAAUAGGGUGCCAUUUGGGACAUGGACAUAGACUCUGAGUGUUAGUUCAUAGGCUGGCCUAUAGAUGGCACAUGGCUGACAUGUAUCUGUAUUCUGUUGAAGCCACGCCUACCCAUCACCACGGCCACAGCUGCCUGAGACUGAGAGUCUACGUCUGCUGCUCCACAGGUGGGUCUCUCUCUCUCUCUCUCUCUCUCUCUCUCUCUCUCUCUCUCUCUCUCUCUCUCUCUCUCUCUCUCUCUCUCUCUCUCUUCUCUCUCUCUCUCUCUCUCUCUCUCUCUCAAUUCAAUUUGCUUUAUUGGCAUGACGUAACAAUGUACAUAUUGCCAAAGCUUACUUUGGAUAUUUACACUAUUAACAUAAUUAAAAUAAUAAUAAUCAAUAUUGUCAAUGGGACAACAGUAACAACAAUAACCAAGGGUCAAGAUAACCAUUGAACAAUAACAAUAUAGAGGACAUGUGCAUGUUGGUUGGUCUGUCAGACACUGUCCCUCAUCUUAUGGCAGGCAGCAAUGUAGUGUGCUGCCAACCCACAGCUCUCUGCGUCCUCCCCCAACAGGACGGGUAGCCUAUUCUCAUCAGAGAGGUCUUUGAAACCUUGAAAAACUGUUUCAAAUUUGGGGAAAUGACACUCUCUAAUUGUUUUAUAUUUUUUACAUUUUGUAAGAAAAUGCAGCUCUGUCUCAGGUUCUGCUGUGGUGCAGUGGUUGCACAGCCUUUCCUCUACAGGGAGCCAGGUUUUCCUGUGUCUACCCUUCUCAAUGGCAAGGCUGUGCUCACUGAGCCUGUACUUUGUCAAGGUUUUUCUAAGGUUUUGAUCAGUAACCAUGGUCAAAUAGUUAGCCACGGUGUACUGUCGAUUUAGGGCCAGAUAGCACUGCAUUUUACUUUGUGCUUGUGCUUGUGUUUCCCAAUAAGAAAUGUAGUUUUGUUUUGACUGUGUUGUAAUUUGGUUUAUUCUGAUCGAUUGGAUGUUCUGGUCCUGAGGCUUUAAUGUGUUAGUAGAACUGGUUUGUGAACUCAGCCCCAGGACCAGCUGGAUGAGGGGACUCUUUUCUUUGCUCAGCUCUUGGUAUUGCAGGGCUUGGUAAUGAUAUUAGAGGGGGUCACUGUAUUUUAGAUGUUUCCAAAACUUAAUUGCUCUUUUUUGAGUUUGUAUUAUAAGUGGAUAUUGGCCUAAUUCUGCCCUGCAUGCAUUGUUUGUAGUUUUCCUCUGGACAUGUAGGAGAAUCUUACAGAACUCUGCAUGCAGGGUUUCAAUGGGAUGUUUGUCCCAUUUGGUGAAAUCUUGUUUUGCAAGUGGACCACACCUCGCUGCCAUAAAGUGCAAUUGGUUCAAUGACACAUUCAAUUCGUUUUAGCCUAAUUUUAAUAGGUAUUUCAAUUUGAAUUUAUUUUUUAAUGGCGUAGAAUGCCCUGCGUGCUUUCUCUCUCAGUUCAUUCACUGCAUCAUUAAGGUGUCCAGUUGAGCUCAUUUUUAAACCUAAGUAAUUGUAGUGUGUGCAGUACUCUAUAUAUUUUGUACCAAUUGAGAACUUUGGUCUAAUUCCCUGAGAUCUGGAAAAUCAUUAUUUUAGUCUUUUUGGGUUUACUGCCAGGGCCCAGGUCUGGCAGUACUGCUCUAGCAGGUCCAGGCUCUGCUGUAGGCCAUGUGCUGUGGGUGACAGCAGGCAUAGGUCAUCUGCGAAGAGUAGGCAUUUAACCUCUGAAUUGUGGAGACUAACACCAGGGGCUGGGGAUUUUUCUAGAAUAGUGGCCAAUUCGUUUAUGUAAAUAUUGAAGAGUGCAGGGCUCAGAUUGCAACCCUGGCGAAGGCCCCGCCCCUGGUUAAAGAAUUCUGUUAUCUUCUUGCCAAUUUUGAUGCUACACGUAAUUGAUUUAAUUAUGUCAUAUGUUUUACCCCCUACACCACUUUCAAUAACUUUGUAGAACAGUCCUGUAUGCCAAAUAGAAUCAAAUGCUUUUUGGAAGUUGAUAAAGCAAGCGUACAUUUUGGUAUUAUUUUGGUGGACAUGUUUAUCUAUCAGGGUGUGUAGGGUGUAAAUAUGAUCGGUCGUGCGAUGUUUUGGUAUAAAUCCAAUUUGGCUUUUGCUCAAGACAUUGUGCUUAUUAAGGAAGUUUAGAACUCACUCACUCACUCACACACACACACCGUCACGCACGCACACCCAACUGUGUUUUCGUGAAAUCUCAGGACUUUUUGUAGUGCAAAUUUUUUUUUGCAUUAAAAAUCCUCUUUUCCCUAACCCUUAACCCUGACCCUUAACCUAACCCUUAAGCUUAAAAUAGCAUUUGAACAAAUUCGGGACCUGACUUUUCAAAAAAGCUCUUGUUUUCCUACCUUUUCAGGACAUUAAGGUGAAAUGUUACGACAUUGGGGUCCUGAUAAUGGAGGAAAACAAGUGCACGCACACACACAGUUGACACUGGAUACCUGAGGCUACAGCCUGACAGUGUUUUUCCAGGGUUCUGAUAGUGAGGUUAUUUCUAUCUCAUUUCUAUCUUCCUGGGUUGUAUGAUGUUCUAUGCUAUUCUAUGUUCCAGGGCUUUGAUAGUGAUGUUCAGUGUUAUUCUGGGUCUCAGUGCUCUGAUAGUGUUUGAUAAGAAUGCUCUCUCUUCUAUCCUGAUGUGCUCUCUCUCUAUCUGAUGCUUUCCCUCUCUCUCUCCCCCUCUUUCUCUUUUCCCUCUAUCUCUCUCUAUUUCCCUCUCUCUCCCCCACUCCCCUCUCUUUGUUUCUGUCUCACACUCUCUCUCUCUCUCCUCAACAUCUCCCCCUCUCGCUCAUUUCUGCAUCUCUCUGAUAGUUGAUGCGCUCUCUGAUAGUGAUGUUCUGUGUUAUUUUUACUCCAGUAGCCUCUCUCUCCUGCAGGCCUUUGAUCAAAGCCCUGUGCUGAAAGCCCCCCCCCACUUCUCUAACCUUGUCACCAUUAAUACAUCCCACACUCAGGCCAGUGUCAGCUUCUGUGUACACAUCACCUUAACCCCCUCUCUGAGUGUCAGGGCUAAUCUAUUGAAGUGUCCACUCGGGUGGUGUGUGUGUGUGUAUUUUUUAGUAGAAAGUGUGUGUGUGUGUUUGCAUGUGUGUGUCCGUGCAUCUGUGCGUGAUUGCAUGUGUGUGAUAGUGUUUACUUUACAAACCACAACCUUUACUCUGCACGGUCUGCUUAAUAGCCUACCAUCUGAACCCAAUUGUUCUCUGCUAUUCUCAUUCCACUGUAUCUCUGUCCUAUCUCUUUGGUUUUGAGAGCAUUAUUCUCUACACAUACACAUACUUACAAUAUUAACACACAGUACAGUAGCUCCCUAUCAAUAUGUGAAAUCCUUGUACCAUAUGCUACAUCCCUCUUUGCUGUGCAAUAUUAUAUGGAUAAGCAAUGUGCAUUCUCAUUAAACAAUUCACUGAGCUGAUGUUAAUGUAAUGACAAGUCUAGACUAUCAGUGUGUGUGAUACUUUCCCUCUCAGUGAAUAUGCCUUAGCUUCGCCUCAUAGUAUAUCUUCAUGUACUGGACUGGAGUAUCCUGGUAUUCACACAACGUGCGUCCCAAAUGGCACCAUAUUCCCUUUAUAGUGCACUACUUUUGACCAGGGCCCAUAGGGUGCACUAUGUAAGUAGUGCAAUAUAUAAGUAAUAAUAGGGUGCCAUUUGACGCGCAAUAUAGGGAGCCAUUUGAGACGUAACCCAGGCUCUGGUCAAAAGUAGUGCACUAUAUAGGGAAAAGGGUACCAUUUGGGAAUGUGCCACAGUGCAGUGGCUGCCCAGUUAGUGUGUAAAAUAAGUAGUUUGGGCAUUUUAAUGACAUUGUGUAUUUGUGUUCCUCUCUCUCUAAGUCUCCCACGAUGAUGAUUCCAGUCAGACCCCUCCUGACUACACAUUCAGGCCCAAUGUCAAAAUACACGACAUCGGUGAGUGCGCUCCUUGAUGCUCUCUCUCUCUCUCUCUCCCUUUCUUUCUGCAUCUCUCUCUGAAUACCACCUUGCUAGGCACACAGUCUCACAUACAGGUAUGCACAUCACACACAGGUAUGCACAUCACACACACACACACACUUACACACAUUCUCUUUCUCUCUGUCGCUCUUUCUCUCUCAUACAGACACACACACGCACACAGUUGUCCUUCCUCAAUUGUAUCCUAGGACCAAUAGGUAUUCUAAUGAAUGGAAGAUUCCUGUUUACCAAAGACCAGGAGGUGGAGGUGGUGAACGAGUCGAUGGUGCAAUUGAGUGGUUAUAUAAACCCCCUCGUCCUCUCUCUCUCCCUCACUAAAGCCUUUUUUGCUGAGAACCAUUUAGCUUUGGCCGCUUCUGGGAACUUGUCGCCAGCCGCGACGGGGCUAAAAGAGUGUGACCCGCAUGAGAUGGAAACUCAGACCAGGGCACAGGGGGGGGAAGAGCCACUGAGCUAUAAGACCAUUGAGUGAGUGAGUGAGUGAGUGAGUGAGUGAGUGAGUGAGUGAGUGAGUGAGUGAGUGAGUGAGUGAGUGAGUGAGUGAGAGAGAGAGAGAGAGAGAGAGAGAGAGAGAGAGAGAGAGAGAGAGAGAGAGAGAGAGAGAGACUCAAUGGUAACUCAUGACCGAGCUUUCCAGAGAAAAAAAGAAAGUAAACGCACAUAGUCCAAACAACCCAGAAUGCCUUGGGGCCUUCUAAUGCAUCCUUCUGUACUUUAUGCAUUAGUGACAUCAACAGAAAGAGGACAGUAGCAGUCAUGACUCAUGACCCAUAAACACUUACGUAACAAUAAUAUAAUAAUACUUUUAGCAACAAUGUUUAUUUUCAAUUUACAAACUGUAGAAACAAUGAGAAUAGAAGGGUUCAGAACUUUUGUGAAACAUCACAGUACAGUUGAAAAAUAUAUUGCAAAUAGAAAUCCAAUAUGGAUGGUGUUAAGAGAUAGAUGGGAGGUGUUGAAUGGAGCUGAAGAAUGGGACUAAUAACAACUAACAACAACUAAUAACAACAAGAUAACUAAUGUAAAGCAUACUGUGUCCAUAAUAAGUAUAUAGGUUAUAGGUUGAGAGCUUUUGUGAAAGAGCACAGUUAGAAAGAUAUGGCAUAUAGAAAAUGAUCGGAGAGGUUGAGGGUAGAGGAAGUUCAGGAGUAAAAACAAACAAAAUAGAAUUAUUGUAAAAUUGACUGUGUCCAUAAAAUGUAUAUAGUAUGUAUAAGCUGGCAGUAGAGGCCUAAGCAUUAUUGUUCACUAGUUUACUCCAAUUAGGGAAGGGGUGGUGGGGUUGGAAAGUAAUAAAGGGAAAUAUACACUGCUCAAAAAAAUUAAGGGAACACUAAAAUAACACAUCCUAGAUCUGAAUGAAUGAAAUAAUCUUAUUAAAUAUUUUUUUCUUUACAUAGUUGAAUGUGCUGACAACAAAAUCACACAAAAAUGAUCAAUGGAAAUCAAAUGUAUCAACCCAUGGAGGUCUGGAUUUGGAGUCACCCUCAAAAUUAAAGUGGAAAACCACACUACAGGCUGAUCCAACUUUGAUGUAAUGUCCUUAAAACAAGUCAAAAUGAGGCUCAGUAGUGUGUGUGGCCUCCACGUGCCUGUAUGACCUCCCUACAACGCCUGGGCAUGCUCCUGAUGAGGUGGCGGAUGGUCUCCUGAGGGAUCUCCUCCCAGACCUGGACUAAAGCAUCCGGCAACUCCUGGACAGUCUGUGGUGCAACGUGGCGUUGGUGGAUGGAGCGAGACAUGAUGUCCCAGAUGUGCUCAAUUGGAUUCAGGUCUGGGGAACGGGCGGGCCAGUCCAUAGCAUCAAUGCCUUCCUCUUGCAGGAACUGCUGACACACUCCAGCCACAUGAGGUCUAGCAUUGUCUUGCAUUAGGAGGAACCCAGGGCCAACCGCACCAGCAUAUGGUCUCACAAGGGGUCUGAGGAUCUCAUCUCGGUACCUAAUGGCAGUCAGGCUACCUCUGGCGAGCACAUGGAGGGCUGUGCGGCCCCCCAAAGAAAUGCCACCCCACACCAUGACUGACCCACCGCCAAACCGGUCAUGCUGGAGGAUGUUGCAGGCAGCAGAACGUUCCAGGCGUCUCCAGACUCUGUCACGUCUGUCACAUGUGCUUAGUGUGAACCUGCUUUCAUCUGUGAAGAGCACAGGGCGCCAGUGGCGAAUUUGCCAAUCUUGGUGUUCUCUGGCAAAUGCCAAACGUCCUGCACGGUGUUGGGCUGUAAGUAUAACCCCCACCUGUGGACAUCGGGCCCUCAUAACACCCUCAUGGAGUCUGUUUCUGACCGUUUGAGCAGACACAUGUACAUUUGUGGCCUGCUGGAGGUCAUUUUGCAGGGCUCUGGCAGUGCUCCUCCUGCUCCUUCUUGCACAAAGGCGGAGGUAGCGGUCCUGCUGCUGGGUUGUUGCCCUCCUACGGCCUCCUCCACGUCUCCUGAUGUACUGGCCUGUCUCCUGGUAGCGCCUCCAUGCUCUGGACACUACACUGACAGACACAGCAAACCUUCUUGCCACAGCUCGCAUUGAUGUGCCAUCCUGGAUGAGCUGCACUACCUGAGCCCCUUGUGUGGGUUGUAGACUCCGUCUCAUACUACCACUAGAGUGAAAGCACCGCCAGCAUUCAAAAGUGACCAAAACAUCAGCCAGGAAGCAUAGGAACUGAGAAGUGGUCUGUGGUCACCACCUGCAAAACCAGUCCUUUAUUGGAGGUGUCUUGCUAAUUGCCUAUAAUUUCCACCUGUUGUCUAUUCCAUUUGCACAACAGCAUGUGACAUUUAUUGUCAAUCAGUGUUGCUUCCUAAGUGGACAGUUUGAUUUCACAGAAGUGUGAUUGACUUGGAGUUACAUUGUGUUGUUUAAAUGUUCCCUUAAUUUUUUUGAGCAGUGUAUAUAUUUUUUAAGGAUAUGUAUAUAUAUGUAUGUAUAUCUAUUUAUAUGUAUGUAUGUGUAUAUGUAUGUAUGUAUAUGUAUAUAUACACUACCGUUCAAAAGUUUGGGGUCACUUAGAAAUGUCCUUGUUUUCAAAAACUGGCUCUAACCAGAAUAGAAAGAGGAGUGGGAGGCCCCAGUGCCCAACUGAGCAAGAGGACUAGUUUGAGAAACAGGCACCUCACAGGUCCUCAACUGGCAGCUUCAUUAAAUAGUACCCGCAAAACACCAGUCUCAACGUCAACAGUGAAGAGGCGACUCCGGGAUGCUGACCUUCUAGGCAGAGUUGUAAAGAAAAAGCCAUAUCUCAGACUGCCCAUCUUAAUCUUUUCUUUUUAUUUGCCAGUCUGAGAUAUGGCUUUUUCUUUGCAACACUGCCUAGAAGGUCAGCAUCCCGGAGUCGCCUCUUCACUGUAACAGCUCCAGUUUAGCUAGCACUACCUUACACAAUCAGGAACACUAUUCCACCUAAUACAGCAAUGUUCUCUAACUUUGCAACAUACUAACUUUUUGUUCAGGUUAAAUAAUAACACUCACUUCCUGUUUCUAUGGUAUGAACUCACUCACUGCCCCUCCCUGUCUAAGAUAACAUACUGAUAAAUACCUUGUCAACUAAUCUCAUAGAGUUAGAUAAAGCACUCAUCCUUGUAUUUGUGCAAUUAUGGCAUCUGUGACAGCAUGGGCAGCACCAUUGAGGCUAUCUCUAUGUUAAAGUAGUCAAUGUUAUUUUUAUUUUGCGUAAAGCUAAUAUUGGUGAUUUACCGUCACAUGCAGUGCUGGAGUCCUGAAUCAAAUCUUGUGUGUCAUUCAUUUAUUGUGGCCACUAGAUGGUGGUGAUAUAGCUUAAAGCCAUUUACUAACCAUAGGCCAUCCAAUUUGAAGAAGAAGACAAUGCUCUGAUCAUUGGCUGAUCGCUCCACACCCAUAAGAAUCGCCACCCAGUUGACUACUUUAAAAUGGUGGAAGCCCUCAAUGGCAAUGUCCAUGCUAAAAUGGGUUAUAUCCUAUCUCUGUCUAACUGUAUGGGUAAUCUACCUUUCAGCUGGAACCGUCUGUUUACCACAGGUAAUCAGCUGGACCCGGCCCUAUCACUUUACCAUAUGACUUUAUUUACCCACGUCACUGGUGUGGAUGUCAGGGCUAUGUGUCAUCAUCAUAGCCGACAGACAUGUUUCCUAAUGUUUCUCUGAAUGGCUUUGACGUGGCAGAAGCACAGACAAACCAGUCGAGUUGGAUGCUGUUCCUCCUAUAGGGAGGCUCAGGAUUCUGCUCACACAUCCCAGGCUUACAUUGAGAAUGAGAUGGAUUUUUUCCCUGUUCUCUCUCCUUCUCUUACCCUCCAGCUAAUGUAGGAUUGUGAAUGGGUUUGUUCUAUGGUCAUUUAAUGUAAUUGCAAAUCCUGCUAGAUGAAGCCGAAUUGGUAGAAUAAAAAGAUCCAUACAUUUAAAAAAUGAACAACAAAGUGUGUUUAUUCCUCAUCCCAAGAGGGAAUAGGGCAUCAUAUGUAGCAGCACUGAUGAUGAUUGGCGAUUUGUGUUCAAUUGCUCUGUCUGUUCUCUGCAUGUGGAUGUGCAUUAUUUGUAUGCAUUGCACAACAUCGGCUGUAGAUUGAUUGAGUUAAUGUGUAAUUUGAUGGUCUCUCUCACUCUCACUCUCACUCUCUCCCCACCCAGAUGAAUUUAACCCUGAAAUUCCCAAACUGGAGAAGAGCGUCAGCGGCAGCAGCCCAUCACGCGAUCGCCUUCUGCUCACCGUGGCAACACUGCUCAUCUCUGCCCUCCUGGUGUCCUAG